AGAGAGAGAGCGAGAGCGUCAUUCUCCACAGCUGUGCGUUUGUGCUGCUCGGCUCUUUGUGGCUCUGCGCUGCUCUGUCCGGACAGAGAAGGAUACAAAGACACGGGCACACAGCAUGAAGUAGAGAGAGCAUGAGAGCCACGGGGCCAGCAGAGGGACACCAGAGGGACACCACGAACCCGAGCGGACUAUAAUCUAGUCCGCACGCGGAUACUAUUUCCUCCGAGUGGAUGAGACCCUGCCGAUGUACGCCCUGGAUUUUACCCAGCAUAGAGUGUCGAGAACGGGGGGAGUGGGGCGGACUUCAGCGCGCAGGGCUGUCUGGCUUUAGAAGGGGAUCAUGGAUAAAACUUUGCACAUUCUCCAGAAAUCAGCAGACGGUGUGCCGACUGGGCUGUCCCUGGAUAUCAGCUUAAACAUGGGUGAAGGGGACGACUUCACAGAGAACCAGAUUGUGGGUCUGUCUGAUAAAAUUCCUUUGGUGAAACCUUUUUUCAAAAAGAAGCAGAGAAAAUUGGAUGCCAAAUGUCUUCAUCGAGCCUUGGAGGACCCUAUCCUGACCACUCUGCUCAGCACAGACACUCUGGUCUCUGGGGACGGGGUGUUUGUUCCCCGGAACCAGCCGAACCGGACCCCUGGCAGCCUGUGUGCUGCAGCAGUUGUCAAACAGAACUGCAUGGACCAGGACUGUUUAAAGGACACAUCUACUGCUGCCGAUGGCACAGCAGGCCUUAUGACCCAGGACACUGAUGUGGAAAUAGCUGAUACUACUGCAGAACUGGAGGAGACGGAGCACACUGGGGAGCUCCCCAAAAUCACUGACCCCACCUCAGACAAUAGUCACUGCUUUCAGGUAAAACCAGGCCUGAGGCCGGCUGGGAGCACACCCUCCCGCACGGAUAUUCCCCCCAUAGUUAAAACUCAGACCCCUCUUCAGGACUGCUCUCACAAAAGCGAUGACCUUCUAACCUCUGUGGCCAAAAGCCUGCCGCUCAAAGACUGCACUGCUGUCCAGGAGUCCCAUCCCCUGCUUUUCCCCAUUGCUCAGCCUGACAAAGGAGAGCUAUUUCAGGAUAAGAGUGAGGAGGCUUCUCUGGACCUGGUGUUUGAGCUGCUCACACAGCUGCAGUACCACACGCACCAGGCCGACUCUGUGGACAUUUGUGUAGAUUUCCUUCAAGGACUAUGUGUUUACGGCAAUGACUGUGCCCACCACCACACGGUACUGCCCUACCACUGGCAGAUCCGCAGGAGCAGCACUCAUAAGUGGCAGAGUGUAGCCGAUGAAUCCCAGGAACAACUGGAGAGACUCUACUGCAACCCCGACAAUGAGCAAGUGCGGCUCAAGUAUCAGGGCCGUGUCUUCUCUCUUGAUUUCGGGGCGAUGCGAGUGUGCGACCUGGAAUUUGACCGCGUCCGACGGCUGACCACACCCCCUGGCACCACAAAUCCUGCCCCCUCUCCCAACUGUCACACCACGUGGAAGUACUACUGUAGAGACAACUUUGGCUGGAGGGAAUACUCCGAGCCUGUAGUGAAGCUCAUCGAGGAAGCUAGCGCCAGGGGUCUAAAGGAGGUGCGCUUCAUCACGCUCCAAAACCAGUACAUCCUCAACAUCCGGGAGGGCUUCCAGCAGAACGCCGUGUUUGGCUUCAGGAGGCAAAUCAAGAAGCGACCUAUGUACAUGUCCUCGGUGGUCCUCACUCCACACCUGCAGACCCUGGGAGGCCUAUCUCUCUCCUCUUCAUCCUCCUCCACCUCCUCCGCAGACCUCUCCUCACCACAGCCGCUCUCCCCCACCUCCACCUCCCCGCCCAGCCUCUUCCCUGAGACCUGGCUGCCCAUGAGCUCUAGCCAGGACUUCCUGCAAGUACCCGUGUCCCGGGAGGACCGCAGCUACCGCACCGUCUACAGCCUCUUCCACAAGACCGUGUCCGAGACCAAGUUCCGGAUCAUCAAGAUCCUCCGUGUGCAGAACCCCUUCCUCUGGGAAAAGUACAAGAGGAAGAAGGAGUACAUGUUGCGGCGCAUGUCUGAGGUGGACAAACUGCUGAGCGAGCGGCACCUGUUCCAUGGCACCUCGGCGGAUGUGGUGGAGGGCAUCUGUAAGCACAACUUUGACCCGCGCGUGUGUGGUAAACAUGCUACAAUGUUCGGACAGGGCUCCUACUUCGCCCGCAAGGCCGUCUACUCCCACAACUUCUCCAAGCGCUCACCCAAAGGAGUCCACUGCAUGUUCCUGGCCAAAGUCCUCACUGGCAGGUUUACAGUAGGAAACCCCUCCAUGCGACGCCCCCCUCCCAUCAACCCCCGCGACCCCUCCAGUGACCUGUAUGACUCGUGCGUGGACAACUGGGUGGACCCUCAGAUCUACGUCAUCUUCAACGACGACCAGAGCUACCCCUACUUCAUCAUCCAUUACGAGGAAGUACCCACCACCGUCUCCGUUUGAUCGCACCUAUAGCUCUUCAUUUUGGACUGUUAAGAGUGCCAAUAACUGCUCAACUAAAAAUAAAAAAAAUCAUACUUUUUCUCAAUCGAUUUUUGAAUGGAUUGAUCUAUCUCUGAUUCAAAUCGAACUUCACCAACGGAAUACUUGAAAUGCUUUGAAAGUCUUGGAGAAGCUCGCAAAUGGAACACAUCUGUCGAAAUCGGGAUCCAACGCGACUGGACCGCAUCAAGGAGGAGCCGACCGGUGCAAACCAGAUUGAACUGGAAACAACUGGACUCUAAACAGACUAUACCUACCACGAGACUAGCGUUCGGACAUUGGACACAAAAAGCACUCGCCAACCUCUCUUGAAUCCUCUCGACUUGGUACUUUUGGACUCUUUGACUCCCAAGUCUCUGCACUGCUGUAGACAGUAGCAUCUUGCCAGUACUGUGAAUGAACAAGUGGUUGUAUUACUCCGAGGAAGCGACAAGCAACCGAUUAGUGGCUUCCAACUUUUCGAGAAACCCUUUUGUUGUUGUUUUUUUUCUUACAAGUGUUUACCCAUGGCCCUUAUAUUUUGUGCUGCGUGUUUGAAUCUUCUUUAGUGGACAUGAUUCUUGUGGCCUGACUAAGAUGAGCUGAUAGGUUCGUUUGCAUGCCUUGGCUCGCCCUCCUUCUUGGGGUCGUUGAGGGGGUCGGACACUGGCACCGCGCUGCUGCUGCGGCGUGGUGCACCCAAGUGGAGACUGUGGUUCUAUUGAGACAAACUGUACAGAUGUUCUCUUUGUUUAUAUUUGAGCUGUGUGCCUUUUGUUCAUAAAAAUGUUUAUUUAUGUGAAAUGUAAACAUUGAUUAAAUAAAAAAUCCAAAAGAGAAAGUGACCAAA